AUGCCCUUUCAGCAUCAGUGAUGUCUAAGGACCUGGUACCCAAGUUGAUUGGCACCUCCCUCAAAAGCAAACAACCUUUUCAUGAUAAGAAUUUAGGAAAAGUGAUAACUCCAUCUUCAACAAGUUUGAAUAACAGCGUGACAGACACCUUCACUAAGCAGCCGAUACCCUUAUGUUAUUCAACAAACUGCAAUUUGGUGGUGAGGAACAUGGCAAAUCCAAAUCAAGUUUUUGAUGAUGCCCAGCAAUUGAACAUUUUGGCCAACUCACUCUCAGUCUCUCCAUUAAUGACAUCCAGCAGAAAUCUAACUGGGUACCUUCAGAACACAAAAUUAAAUGACCCUUCAGAAAAACUGCCCUCUGCCCCCCAGAUCACAGGAUCUCAGGAACAGAGGAUGUGCCAGCAAAUAAAGCAGCUACAAAGAUUGGUGGCAGAACAGCAAAGAAUUAUCACACUUAACCACUCAGGUUGUACCCUUAUACCGCUGCUGGAGUAUCCUAAUGAUGCGAAUGUUGCAGAACAGGAUGAGACUGAAGGGAAGAAGAAACUGAAGAAAGAACACCACUUCCUGCCAAGUGCCACCAAAAGUGAUGUCUUCCAUGGGGUAGAAACUGUGGCACUCAGUAGCAUUUUUCCCAAUUCUGGAAGUCACCAGGCUUGGGUGAAUCAGCACAUCAGGUCAGAAAUUGGAAUAAGGCAGGAAACUUUUGAAGAAUUUGUUGAGGAGCAAGUUAAAAUGGAUUCUCAAAGAGUAGAAAAUCAACUUCAGCACUGCAAGCAAUUGAAUUCAUGUCAGUCAAAGACAUCUCUUAGAAAGCCAUUUUUAAAAUGUGGGGAAGGCACUAAAAGACUUAAAUGGAAUAAGAAGAACCUUUUCAGAAAAAAACCCAAACAACUCAGCAAUCAAAUGAUCAGUUCAGUUAGUUUGGGCUGCCAGUCAUGUUUUUGUUUACCUCAAGAAAACCAUCCUGUGCCAGAGUGGCAAGUUAACACACACAUGGUCACCCAGAGCAAAGAGAAAGGAAUAGCUGGCAGCCCUUCUCAGGAGGAAGCAAAAGAGGACAUAGAAAGUUCCAAAUCUGAAGAGAAGCAUCAAUGGCUUCAGGAAAGAAGACUUACAAAGGUAAUGACCACUUCUACAUUAGGAGAAAAUUGUCCUGAUCUCAUGCAACAGCAUCAUGGGCAAGAAAAUGAAUCAAAACCCCAGAUAGAUGGAAAGAAUGGGCCUCAAUUUUUUUAUUGUCAAAAUGAUUUACACAAUCCACCUUCAAUAGCAAAAAAGAUUCCAGUAGCUCCUGGUCAUUUGGGUCUCCAGGAGAUCGUACAGAAUCAGGGAAAACAAAUAAAUGAGACCAAGGAGAACCACAAUUCACCAAAAGUGUGGUUUGUUUCCUGUCAACCAAAUGAAAAUCUUGUAUCUUCUGCAGUUACCUCUGGGCACAGAACAGGAGUCUAUCCUAAAUUUAAGAAAGUCAAUGACAGAAUAGUGAAGAAUGCCCAUCAGUUGAAUAAGAGCACAGAAGAAGAAAAAGAGUAUGUGCUGUUCUCUGAUCAGCAAGAUAUCAGGAGGAUAGUCAGGUUGGAAAAUGAUGAGUCUCCAUCUUCAGAUGAGAAAAGCUCACUUUCCAGGUCUGCAACUUGUUACCAUUUGUGUCCAAGAAGCAAGGAUCUUCCAAAUGUACAUCAUGUUGUCCAAAAUCUGACUUUUUCUGAACCUGACUAUGCUAGUGAUGAGCCCAGUGGAUCCGAGAAUCUGCCCUUGAGAAGGACUAGCAAGUUCUUUGUCAAGAAAAGGAACCCUCAAGAACUGUUAGGAGCAAAAGAUGACUCCUCCAGGACUGAAUCAACUGUUGAAGUUAUGAAACUAAGAAGGAGCAAGACUCUGGCCUCUUUUCAGACAUCUCAUGACCACCACAUUGGGUCAACAAGGCCCAAGAAAAAGCAGAAGGCUAAAAGUGUUACCAGGAACAUCCAAAUUCCAGAUGAGCAACCACCAGCUUGUGAUCUUAUAGCCAGUUUAUUUCCUGUUCCGUUGGACAAAGUAAACUCACCUGAACAAGAACCUUGUAAAACUUUCCAUGAAGGUACAUUAGAAGCUCAAAAAAGACUCACAGAGAAAUUACAGGAACUUGAAUUUCAAGAAACUGAUGAACUCCAUGGAGAAAACCCUCUGCUUUCCCAGCUGAAAGCAGAGCAAGAGAAAGUAAAGCAAUUUCUCAGAGCACAAAUAAGUAAUUUCAAGGCAGAAAAGGCCAAAGAGGUGAACUUUUCAGAUGAACACUGGAAAGAAGAAAAUUCUCAAAUGCAGCUUACAAAGGCAAACCUGGAAAAAUGGACAAAGACACCUAGAAUCUUUAAGAAGACUGAUGAUACAAAGGAGAUGUUGAUUUUAAAACAGCAGAUCAAUGGGCUACAAGAGCAAUUCAAGAUGAAUGAAUUCCGAUGGUCUUUAGCUCAUAUCAAACUCCAGAACCAGAUAGAAAUCUUAAUUAAACAGAACCUGGAGCUCCAGGAUGAACUUCGAGCUUCGGAACAUCAGCGACUGGAAAUCAGCAACAAAUCAUUGGCUUUACAUUCUGCAAGAAGGAAAUCGGAAUCGCUGGCAUCUGAACUGAUUUUUAGAGGACCUUCAAGCUUGUCAAAAAAUGAGAGAACACCAAAGCAAGCUCGUCCAAUCAACUUCAUAGGCCAGAGGUUAUCAUCUGAAAAAUGUACUUUUCUAGAGCCAGUAAGUAAUAAAAUAGAAAGAAUGGAAUCUAAGAAAUCAACCCCAAGAGAACAAAGAGAAAAAGCUGUUUCCAGAAGUCUCCGUGUCAGAAGUCCACCACCUAUUAGAAAGAGAUCUGACCUGGAAAGAAGAAUCCCACCCUUUGAUCCAGAAAUGGUCAUCUAUAGAUCUCCAAAAAAUCUGCAAGAAACAUGUUUGAGAAAAUCACCUGUGCCAAUUUCUCCGCUUGUCCUGUAUAAUGAAGACAGCUUGGCAGCUUAUGAAAAUGACAAAUCACCACUGAUCUCUGGGAAUUAUGAAGAUGCACUCCUCCUUCCGGUAUGGAAUAAUGAUCAUAAGUCCUCUGUCAUCCAUCAGAAUGAAGAUACUCAGAAAGUUAAGGAUUUUUCUUCCAAAUUAGCAACAUCCAGAAAGCUAUUAACAUCUAUGAAGAAUAAGAAAAGAGAAAAGAAAAUACAAAAAGAAAUAAAACAUUCAGAUGGAAAGGUGGAAUGUAAGUUUUCAGAUGGAUGUAAAACAAUCACUUUUCCCAGUGGCACUAAGAAGGAAAUCAGUGCUGACAAGAAAACAACAAUUGUCACAUUUACAAAUGGAGAUGUGCAGAAGUUCAUGCCAGAUCAGAGAGUGCUUUAUUAUUAUGCAGAUGCUCAAACAAUUCAUACCACUUAUCCCAAUGGCCUGGAAGUGCUACAAUUUCCUAAUAAACAAAUUGAAAAACACCAUCCUAAUGGCACUAAGGAAAUUGUGUUUCCAGAUGGCACAGUGAAAUACUUCGGUGUUGGGUAUGAGGAGACUUUAUUCCCUGAUGGAACAUUGGUGAAAGUAGAAAGGAAUGGAGAUAAAACCAUUAUAUUCAGUGAUGGGCAGAAAGAGAUCCACACUUCACAGUUCAAGAGGAAGGAAUUUCUUGAUGGUACCAUCAAGACUGUGUAUAAUACUGGCCAUCGGGAAACAAAGUAUACUUCAGGCAGGGUUCGAAUCAAAGAUGAAGCAGGAAAGAUCAUCCUUGACAAGAAGUGAUUCAUCCCUUCUGUAUGUAAAAUUAUGUGUGCGAUUCAGAUUACUUUUCAUUCAGAUUUUCUUUUAUCUUUUUUAGUUAUCUGACCAGAAGCAAGACAUAGGUAAGGACCUAUCAGGAGAGAUGCAGGAGAGAGUUCAAACUCAAUUAAUUAUGUAGAAAUCUUAGAAGAAAAAUGAUUCCCUUAGUUCUCAAUUUGGAAGGGGAAAAAAUGGUUAAAAUAACACUCUUGAGCCAACUUUUUGUUCCCAAGGUAAUUGCCCCUGGUCCAUUCAAGACCAUUUAUUCUUUGGUGACCAUAUGUGUCUGCUGUUGGAACACCUUGCUGAGCUCCCUUCUGAUGCCAUGUGUUUGUUGGACUCUUCAUUUAUUUUUACUGUUCAUUCAUCCCAAGGCAGGUGAAUUUAGCCUUUUUGCAAUCCUGCCUCAGCAGAGAUUGCCCAAGUAACAAUACCCAUCUUUUUUCCAGAGCUAGGUUUUUGUACUUGGUUCCAAAAACAGUGAAUGAACUGAAGGAGUUUUAAAUAGUCUUGUAGCAACACCUGUCAUGAGCAGCAGACUCAACCACCUCUCUGAGUAUCUGGCAGUCAUUUACCCUCCUACCAACUUCAUUCAUAAUCCCAAGUAUGAAAGUGAUUACAUGAUUUUUACUAACCUUACAACUUCAUUUCCAUUUUAAACAGCUCAUAGAAUGCAGAAAUAAACUUUUUUUCUGAAACAAUUAGAGCCCAGAAAAUGUAGGAAAUGAAUAACUUCUUGCAAAUGUUAUCACAUAGGACAGGAUGUGGCCAGAUGUGAUUUGCUAAAUGUGCACUCUUGUAUGUUUUUUAUGAAACCAGAUGUGAUAAUGUAUUUUCGUGCUGAUGAUUAUCUUGGCCCAGGUAUAUAUUGUGCACAUACUGCUUUGUUCUUUAAGAUGCUCUUAUAUUGUUGUUUGAAGAAACUAAAAAUCAGCAUUCCAUGUUGUUAUGAGAAAUAGAAUUCUGUUUUUAUUAAUGCAGGGUUAUUGCCAUGUCCUUAUAGGUGGAUGCUGAGAAUUUUUCAGAAAUAUCAGGUACAAAUGAUUCCAAAAAACUUUUGGAAGUUGGACUGAGAGAAUACUUUGGUUA